AAACGCCAAGGGUUUUAUUUGACCUUGCCUUCGGGAGCGUUUAUGCUUUAUCAAGUUUUUGUUGCAAGAAUAAUAAUCAUCUUAAUAAAGGAUAUUCUUCCUUCGCGUACUCUCAUACUCUCAUAUCACAAUAAAUAAGAUGGAAACUGAAACUCUGUUUCUUGGAUUUAAAUUUCAUAUCCCAUUUGAACGCAUUAAUCGAAUUGAUACAGAAACACCAUAUGAAUACUUAAACCUACAACUUCACGAUUUGAAGUCUACGGAUGAGAAUAGAAGAAGUUGGUUGACAUUACCAGUUUUGCGUAUCUCUAUGUUACCAGACAAAGAUCCUAACUAAACAGCAUAGGUUGACGCUGAGAAAGCUGCACAAGAAUGACAAAGUUGUUAUGACUAGAGCUGAUAAGGGGUCUGGUGUCGUCAUAAUGAAUAUAAGUAUGACUACUUGCAUAAAAAUGCCGGUGAUUUUGGGGGACUCAUCGAGAUUUUAAGUUGAUAAAUCCCAAGAGGAUGCGACAGUUUGAAUUGAAAACAAAGUAAGCAAGCAACUCAGGGAACUUUUGAAGAAGCAGUUGAUUGAUGGAGCAAACUAUAAUGAAUCUAGAGGUUCACGACUAUCCUUCAUGUACAACCUUCCAAAAAUCCGUAAGUCCAAUGUUCCUUUGAGACCCAUUUCGUCCAUUAUAAAUUCAACUUGUCACAAAUGGGCUCGUUGGUUGGCAACGAAAUUGGAAUCCAUCAGAAAAGGGUUUGCAAAUCAUAGCUUGAAGGAGACAUUCCAAUUCUCUGAAGAACUGAAUCGAUUAAAUAUCUCAGAUAAAUUCAUAGUAUCACUUGAUAUUUCCUCAUUGUUUACGAACAUACCAUUGGAUUAAACGAUAGACAUAAUCUGUCAACAAUCUAAUCUACUACCAUUACCGAGAACAAAGCUCAAAGAAUUACUACUCCUCUGUACAAAAGGUGUUCAGUUCCAAUUUAAUACUCAACUAUACUUGCAAACUGAUGGAGCGGCUAUGGGUUCACCACUAGGACCUAUUCUAGCUGAUAUAUUCAUAGCUCAUCCCGAGCCAACAAGUUUGAACUCUGCGAUCAAGGGAGCGACAUAUUACUUCAGUUGAUGAUUCAUUAUAAAUUAAAUGAAAAAUUCUUUGAAAGAAUUCGAUUGUUGGCUUUCAUCAUCUAGUUAUUCUACUAUCUAUCCUGGCAAACGUUUGUUAAAAAUUUCAACUGAUUUAAAAUUUGGCCAACGUGGUUUAAUUGCUUGUUCUGAAAUAAAAGCUGGACAAUGCAUCUACUCUAUUCCACUAAAUGAUUUACGGUUUAUUCUUACACCAUUACGAUGUACUCAUCUAUUCAACACUAGAUGUCAAUGUUUUAAUGACACUGAACAGAUUAAAAUCACCUUGAAUUCAAUUGAUAUCCUCGUAGCUUUUAUUUAUCAUUGUAAGUAUACUACAUCAACUGAAUGUUGCCUAAGAAAUAUUUGGGCACCUUAUAUUUCUAUCUUACCGGAAACAUAUUCAGAUCCAUUGUCAUGUAUACUAUCCAAUUAUAAUCAUUUAUAUGAAAAUAUCUUCAUUGAUUCAUCAAAUUAUUUUCAUUCAACUGAUUUAAAUAUAAGUUUAAAGCGAUUAUUAAUACGUCUGUUGAAAUCAUGGAAUCGUAUUCAACCAUUUAUUAACAAAUCUCAUACACAAAGUGUAUAUAAUAUUCAUAAGAAGUGUUACUCUCUACCUCCAAAUGAAUUUCUAUGGGCAUGGUGUACUGUGAAUUCACGUUGUGUUUCAUGUCCAUUCAAAGAGUCAAUGACAAGUGUUGAACAACUUUGUCAAACUAUGUUCAAUUGUGAACAGUUUUGUUUGAAUAAUAUGCAUAUUAGUCAUAUUAAGGAUAAUCUACAUGAUAAUGGUUAUACAAUUGCUGUAAUACCAUUUUUUGACUUUUUCAAUCAUAAUCAAAAUGUAUCCACCUCUAUGUCUGUGUCUAAAGAUGGGAAUACACUGGAAUUAUGCAUAGAUCGACAAAUAUCAGCAGAUGAACAGGUUUUUAUCAAUUAUGGACCACAUGAUAAUUUAACUUUAUUCACAGAGUAUGGAUUUAGUCUUCCUUUCCAUGAAAAUGACAAUGAUGUCAUCUAUUUGAGUUUUUAUUUCCUAAUGGAUUUAUUUGUUAAGUUGUCUACUGCUAUGACGUCAUCUUCGUCUUCUACCUCAUUUCAUCUAGAAGUAAGCAUAAGCUGAGAGAUUUUUAUCUAGAGAACAAAGUUAUCCUUGAAUAUUUUACUCAGUUCUGACAAAAUUGAAUUUACCUCAACCGAAUAAUCCUUCUGUUGUCAAUGAGGAUGAUAUCUUAUGGAAUUCAGUUUAUUUAUCUGUCAAUAAUCAUCAUGGUCCUUCAUAUCAUUUAAGUCUUAUAUUAUUCUUAAUGUAUACAUUUAUUUCCAAUGGUUAUAAUGAAGAAAAUCAUAUAUCACUUGAUAAUGUUUAUAAUAUUCUGAAGACUUGAUUCAUUCAACUAUCCAACCUGUUUUAUCUGAAGUCUAUUCACUUCUGUUACAUCACUUAGAAUAUGAUCGUGAAAAAAUAAAUCAAUUACAAAGAUCAACGGAUUUAUCACUUUCUUCAUCAGUAGUACCAGUGGAAAUGAUGAAGUUAUCAUGUAAACUGGAAAACUUUUAUAAAGAAUUUUUGUAUUAUUUUGAUCAACGUGAAUGUUUUAUUAAAUGUUUAAUGAUCAACGAAUAAUUUAUUGUUUAUGUUC